CGCUCUGUCAGUGACCAUAGUAACCAGCGCACGAGGCGCUUAGCAACGCAUAGAGAGGAGGAGGGCAGCCUCAUCACGUCUGCAGAUGGAAAAGAAAACAGAUAAAUAAUUAAAUAACGGACACGGGCGAUCCUGUAACGGAGACCCGACCUGAUGCUUUAAGGCUUGCGGGAUAUCAGCUCAGUCCGGUUCGAGAUUAAUCGGGCGAUUUCGGCCCCGUUUUCGCGUCUAAAGUCGGACCUCGAUCUCGAAGAUGAAAUUCGUCGUGAUCCUGGUGGCCGCCGGCAUGCUGGCCUUCCUCGGCGCGGUGAUCUGCAUCAUCGCCAGCGUUUAUCCGCGCUCGCGAGCCGCCGCGCCCCAAGCCCUGGCCGACAACCACUCGGUGUCCGCGGACGCGCUGCUGUCCUCGGGCGCAGUGGCGCAGGCCGGGCCGCUGGGCGCUCUCCAUGGUGCUGAAUCUCCUGGCGCUCUCCACGGUCCUGAAUCCCCGAGCCCUCUCCACGGGCCGGACUCUCUGGGCGCUCUCCACGGUCCCGAUUCAUUUGGCGGAGGUGGACUGGGCCUGGGCCUGGAGGUGCCUUUCCACAACGAGUUCACCGGCUCCGGCCCCAAACAGUUCUUCUUCAGUCGCCUCAUCUGCACGCCUGUGCCCCCGGGAGAGUGCAAGACCCGGAGCCUGAAGGUGCAAGCCGACGAGCCGUACGCGGACAACGACGACGAGGAGUGGAGCCAGCUCAGCGCCGCCGCGGAGGAGCUCCGGCAGACCGUCCUCAGGCAGAACGACCAGAUCCUUAUGGAUCAGAGGACCAUCCAGGAGCUCACAGGGAAGCUGUCCGAGUGCGAGAGUGGCCUGGAGGAGAGGAGCUUACCCGAGCGCAGCGUCGGAGCGUGGGCAGGCGGCCGGCGCCGACUCAUGGCCGGGGACGACGUGAGCACCUCGGCGGCGCAGCUGCAGACGGCUCGGGCCGUGGAGGAACUGGAGAAGGCCAUUCUUCAGCUGAAGGACCGCAUAGAGAAGUUAGAGUUGGAGAUGGUUCCUGUGGUGCUGAAUCACACGGAGGCGGUGGUGGGGGCUCCAGGUCAGGCUGGUGGGCGUGUGGAGGACGUGGGUGGCGAUCUGGAGAGGAAGGUGAAGCUGCUGGAGGAGGAGAGGAAGAACUUGCGCAAGGAAACGCAAAACCACCACCAGCAUAUCGACCAAGGCAUCAACACCGUGCAGGAGCGCAUCACUGAGCUGGAGCAGAGUCUCACGGGACCCUCUUUCCCACAGGGCUUCAAGCUUUCUUUCCCUGUGCGCACCAACUACAUGUACGGGCUGGUGAGGCGGAAUAUUCCAGAGAUGUACGCCUUCACUGCCUGCAUGUGGCUGAAGGCAGUGGAGAGUGGGAUUGGGACACCUUUCUCCUACGCCGUGGCUGAACAGCCCAAUGAGCUCGUCCUUCUGCAGGGGGUCCACAGCCCAGCGGAGCUGCUGGUUAAUGACAAGGUGGCGCAAUUGCCCUUGUCCUUCCCACAAGGCAUCUGGCAGCAUGUGUGUGUGAGCUGGACUCUGCGCGAUGGAGUAUGGAAGGCCUACCAGGGGGGCAAACUGAAGGGCCGGGGUGAGGGGCUUUCAGCAUGGCAUCCACUCAGAGCUGGGGGCGUGCUGGUCCUGGGACAAGAGCAGGACACACUGGGGGGACGCUUCGACGCCUCUCAGGCUCUGGUGGGUGAGCUGUCACUGUUUAACCUGUGGGACCGGGUACUGCCGGCACCAGAAUUGGCCGCACUGGCGUCCUGCAGGGAGCCCCCACAGAAGGGGAACAUAGUGCCCUGGACGGAGCGGGACGUGGAUGUGUUUGGGGGGGCUGUAAAAGAGCCUGUCGAUCCCUGCUCUGGUGGAACAGGGGCCCAGAAAUGAGGGGUGGCUGUAUGGGGGUUGAGGGUUGGGUUGGUGAUUGGAGGGGUGACAUUCAGAAAUGAAGAGAUGGUGGAGGGCAGCUGUGAUGCGGCUAAAUGUCUUUGUGAAGAACGUCCACUGUGGAACUACCUUCAUAUUCAUGCUCGCGCUGUGUAUGUGUGUUUGUGCGGGGCAGGGAUCUGUGUGUGUGUGCAUUUCUGCAGGGAGGGAAGGUGGCUGGUUGUCUGGUAAUAGGUGUUUGCUUGUGUGCCACCGUUCAAAAGUUUGGAAUCAUUUGUCAUAUUAAAGCUGCACUAAAAUGUAGUCCCGUGCCAGUGAUGGUUAACCAUGUUACCAUGGCAACAGCCCUCAGUGAUGGAAAAAAAUCAUUUUAAAAACCUGUCUUUUGUUAAUUUAUUUAAUUCAAAGAAUUAGAAAUGAUUAGAAAAUUACAAUAACUUGUUUUAGUCCCAUUAUGUGCAGAGUAAUGUGAUACCCAAUAUUAAAUAUCACAUGCAUGGAGGGUUCUUUAAUAUGGUAUUGCAAGUGGUUGCUAAGGUGUUGCUAGGCCAUUGCUAUGGUAUCCCAGGUGGUUGCUACAGUGUUACUAGGUAUUGAUGUGAUAUCCCAGGUGGUUGCUAAGGUGUUGCUGUAUUAUCCAAGUUUGUUCACUAAAGUGUUACUAGGCCAUUGCUAUAGUAUCCCAGGUGGUUGCUAAGGUGUUGCUCGGCUGUUGCAUUGUUAUCCAAGGUGGUUUCUACCAUACUUGUAUGAUGGUGACAUAAGAGGUGUGUCCAGAACAUUUGGCUACAGAGUGUAUACUGGCUGUGGUGAAAUAAGGUAGCCUAACCAUAUAUUUCAAAAGUAAAAUGCCUCCUGAGUGUCAGGAUCUUGAGCAUUCCCCCAUUCAUUCCUAUGGGAAAAAAAUUGUGUUCAAACAAACGCACAAACACAAUAAUUCGAAUCAGUUAAAACAGCACAUGCAACCUCUGUUGGACUGAUGUCAGAAUUUUACUCGUCAAACAAGGUCCAGCUCGCUGGACACCUGGCUUCUCAGAAAUGCCGAUAGCUCAUACCAACCUAUGGCAAGGUAAUGGUAGAUUUAGCUACAAAGGCUAGGUUUGUUUUUUCAAUUAUUGCUAACAUUAACAUACAAAUUGUAACCUACUAGGUAUGUUUAAAGUUUCAAAGACAACUGGCUACAGUUACAGUAAAGUAACAUAAGGUAGAAAGGCUAGGUUCAUACCUAAAUACUGCUAAUUGCUAAUGAUUCCUGUCACUGACAUAAAAAUCAUAACCUACUGGCCCUGUUUCAGGUUUCAAAGGCAACUUACCACAGUUACAACAAGCUAAAGUGAGGUAGAAAGGCUAGGUUCAUUACUAAACUUUGCUAAUUUUUAAUUAUUGCAUAUUAAGCUUAAAAGUACAACUUGCAACAGUAACAGAAGGUAAAGGUACAGGCUAGGCUCAUAUCUAAAUAUUGCUAAUUCUCAAUUAUCACUAACGGGAACAUACAAAUUGUAACCUACUAGGCCUGUUUCAAGUUUCAAAGGCAACCUACUGCAGUUACAAUAAGCUAAAGUGAGGAAGAAAUGUGAGGUUCAUUGCUAAACAUCGCUACUUCUUAAUUAUUGCCAAUAUUGAUGUGCAAAUUAUAACCUGCUAGGCAUGUUUCAAGUUUCAGUGACAACUUGCUACAGCUACAGUAAGGCAGAGUAGAGAAGGAAGGCUAGGUUCAUAGCAAAACACAGAUAAGUGCUAAUGAUUGCUAACAUUGACAUGAAAUCAUAACCUACUGGGCGCUGUUUUAAGUUUAAAAGUACAACUUUCUACAGUAACAGAGGGGAAAGGUGCAGGCUAAGCUAGGAAUAUUGCUAAUUCUUGAUUAUCGCUUAUGUUACAUAAUAAAUAGGCCUGUUUCCAAUUUCAAUGACAACUUGUUGUGGUUACAGUAAGGUAAAGUGAGGUAGAAAAGCUAGGUUCAUAGCUAAACAUUGAUGUCACAUAGAUGUUAGAUGUGUUCUAUAAACUUUCUAUUUCCAUAACAUUUAGCUAGUAGUGAGAAAGAGGUCUGCUAUUCAUUGCCCGUCAAAAUAUUGAUUUUCAGGCUGGGUUUGGGCCAAUUGUUCACCAGGAUUUUCCUUAAAUAUUCUCUUGGUGUUUACACAGUCACAGUCAUCAGGUCUAUCCUCCCAGGGAAGCAAAACUAAUAACAUCACAAAUUUUGCUUGCAAUUACAUAUUUCCACCAGAGAGGUCUCCAAAUCCCACGACCUCACAUAGUGCUACUUUAAUAUUGAUUUCAUUUGAUAACUUAUACAGCAAAAUCUGAAAUGUUAUAAACUAGCUGUUGAUGUAACGCUUGGUUUGCAAAGCAGACACGUGCGGAUAAAAUGAACCCAGAGGGCUUAUUUGAAAGGAGAUGAACUGCGUUAACACCAGACCAGGAAUCAUACAAACAACAAAGCCAAAAACAGGAGUGAGAAUCAUGAAUCGGAGAAUACAAUGCGAGGUCAAAACAGCAAUCAGGAAAAUAAACGGCUUGGUACGCACUGACAGAACAACAGCAAUACUUCGCAAAGAUCAGGAUCAAACAGACAGGUAUAAAUACUGAGCUAAACAGGUGGUGAUGAUUAGAUAAUUCAGGUGACGGUGGUUGGGUGGUUUGUGAUUGGCUGGAAGAGUCUCAUGACAGACUGAAGAAUUCUGGGAAGUGGAGACCUUGAUAGUAUGAGUCUCUGACUGAGAGCCAGGAAGCGUGACAGUUGAUAUCUGAAGGCUCGACGACAUUUUUUGGAAGAACAAAGCUAUUAAAUGAUAAAUUAAUAAUGUAAUAAAUCAAAUUCCUGGCCAAGUUAUCUUCUCUGAGAUUUGGUCACCACUUACAAAUAUGUUCAUUUCAUUACAACGUCGUUCUCACCGUUUUACAGUUUUCUCAAUUACUACAAAAUCAGGUACAGUGUGUUUGAUUGUUCUAGUCACUGUUUAGUAUUUUUACCUAUUUAAACCGUUUCUGUAACAAAUCUAUCAAUGCUAGCAAUGAAAACAGUGAUUCCAAACUUUCGAAUGGUCACCCAUGUGUGUGUAUUUGGAUCUGCAGACCCAUACAUUACAACUGCUAAGCUCUUUGACGCCGUCGUCCGUUUUGUCCAGUGUGUGUCCACUGUGGCUGUAUUUUAGUGUCCCUCACGCCGGCCUGCUGCCUGCCCACAGCAGACUACUGCAAAAAACGAAACGUUCCAUCCUCACACUUUUCUCCCUGUCGCAACAGUGCUCUGCUUUCUGCCACCGGGUUUUUCUUUUGUUUAUUGGAUGAUUGUUUUGUCAGUACUGCGACUGUAAAUCACUGGUUGGAGUUUCGCCAUAGCAACCGCCUUUACUCUACGUAAAACUCACUUAACGUGUGCUACGUGAUUUUGAAUUUCCUUUUUCUUACGUUUUAUUCUUUUUUUAUCAACUUUUUAUGACAAUUCUUCGUUUAUAUGAUCAGUUUCUCUUAAGUGGAGGUAAAUGUGUCAACAGCUAUCAAGUUAAUGCUUUUUUUUAUAAAUCAAGGCAGCCGUUUUCAGGACAUUUGCAAAAAAUUUCUUAGAUCGGUGUGGAAGUAGUACAUACAGUACGUAGCAGCAUUAGACGCUUAUUUGAUACGGGAAGGGGACUUUCUUGUCGUCGUGUUUCAUCUGUCAUUCUCACGUAUCACACGAAGAGAAAGAGCAUGAGGAAGUGCCUGUCUGGGUGGCCACACCCACUUUUCUUUUUCCUCUUUUGCUAUUGGUCGAUGACGAUCAGUUGUGAUGUCAAUGUAGUGCUUGUUCAUGCAUUGUUUGCACCGCAAUGGAUUUAUGACGAUAUUGUGGCAUAUGUGGAUGAUAACAUAAAAUGGUGAUUAAAAA